CUGACCAUCGGUUUUUCCAUGGGGCCUUUCCUGCUCGCAUGGUAGAGGUUCACCAGUUCGUUGUCACGAGUUCGUUUGCUGGCCAUUCGGCUCGCUGACAGGGCGACUCGUCUAAAGCCUGGCCGACUGCCUCCGCUGGUGGUGUAUACUCUAGACUCUGGAGCUUCUUCUGCUUUCGCCGAAACGGUCUGUUUUGGUUUUGCUAGAGGAUCUUCUUUCCCUCCUAAAGCAAAUCACAGGGUCAGAAGUUGAGAUUCCUAAACCAGAUCGCAGGGAUCUAGGCCAGAUCCUAACCCCUACGACCAGAGCGCGAGCGUUCAUUGGAGCAUUAACUCAUUGCUUGCCUCUCGCUUCUGCCCUGAACGUUCAGCAUCUAAAGUAGACCCGAUCCGAUCCGAUCUGAUCUGAUCGGGAUCGAUCCGCUCGAAUCUGCCAGCCAUGGUGAUCAGAAGCUCUAUUCGUCGGCUAGCCCAAUCAGCGGCUGCCGUGUCAGCCACGAGAUCCGGUAGAUCUGGAACCGCUACUGUGCUCGCCGCAUCCGCCGCUUCCGUUGCCGCGAUCGCAGCCGUAGAUUCGCGCGUCGCAAGAUCUGACGACUCCGCGGAUCCCGCGGAUCACCAGCACUUGGGCACAGUGGCUUCCGCUGGGUCGUUCUGGGGGAACAUGCUGGGCAUCCGCGGGGGGGCUGGCGGGGCUGGCGGAGAGCACUCCGCGGAUCAUCCCCCCGCGCCCGCUCCUGCCCCCGCGACCCUUCCGCCCGGUGGAUCUGGCGCGGAUGCGGGGAAGGGAGGUGCGGGGGAGGCUGCACAGCGGCAGAGGAAUGAUAACCCAAACCCGCGGACGACGGCGGCGGGAUUUGAUCCCGAGGCCCUGGAGCGCGGCGCCAAGGCUCUGAGGGAGAUUAACAAGUCCGCUAGCGCGAAGCAGGUGUUCGAGCUGAUGCGCAAGCAGGAGGAUGUGCGCCUGGCGGAGGAGAAAUCCCGCAUGGCGGAGCUGGAGGUGCACCGGCAGCAGCAGGAGACGGCGCGGCAGAAGCUGAUGUACGAGGAGCAGCAGAAGCUGGUUCAGCAGCAGGCGCAGACCAAGGCGCAGCUGGCUCGUUAUGAGGAUGAAUUGGCACGGAAAAGGAUGCAGGCGGAGCACGAGGCGCAGCGAGCGCGGAACGCGGAGCUGGUAAAGAUGCAGGAGGAGUCAAGCGUGAGGCAGGAGCAGAUCCGACGGGCCACAGAGGAAGAGAUCCAGCAGCAGAAGCGGCAGACAGAGCUGGAGAUGGCAGCCAUCGAGCGAGAAACGUUGAAGCAGAAGGCGCUGGCAGAGGCAGAGGCCCGGGCGCACGAGGCGAGGCUCAGCGAGGACGUGAACAGGCGGCUGCUGCUGGAGAAGAGUAAAGCGGAGACGGAGAAGUGGAUCAGCGCUAUCAACACGACCUUUGGACACAUUGGGGGUGGCAUCAGAGCGCUUCUGACGGAUCAGAACAAGAUGGUUGUGACGGUGGCUGGAGUCACUGCGCUGGCAGCUGGCAUCUACACCACCAGGGAGGGUGCCCGUGUGGUGUGGCACUACAUCGACCGCCUCUUGGGCCAGCCGUCUCUCGUUAGGGAGUCCUCCAGAGGGCCAUACCCCUGGUCCCGGGGGCUGAGGCGCCUGUCCUCUGCGCUCGCUGCUCCCUUCUCCCGUGUUCCUAAUGCUGCUGCUGGCGCCACAGCAACAGGAGCAGCAACAGCAGAAGCCGCAGCAGCAGGAGCAGGGGGGGCAGCAGCAUCAGCGCUUAUGAAAUCCGGCAGAGGCUUUGGCGAUGUGAUUCUGCACCCGUCGCUGCACCACCGCAUUCGGCAGCUGGCUGCUGCCACCGCCAACACCAAGAAGCAUGGAGCCCCGUUCCGAAACAUGCUCUUCUUUGGCCCUCCUGGGACCGGCAAAACCAUGGCUGCCAAAGAGCUUGCCAGGCAAUCGGGUCUGGACUAUGCUCUCAUGACAGGAGGAGACGUGGCCCCCUUAGGCCCGCAAGCAGUGACGAAGAUCCACCAGAUGUUUGACUGGGCGGCACACACCCAGCGCGGGCUGCUGCUGUUCAUCGACGAGGCGGACGCCUUUCUCUGCGAGCGCAACAAGAUCACCAUGUCUGAAGCGCAGCGAUCCGCCCUCAACGCCAUGCUCUUCCGCACGGGCGACCAAUCGCGCGACAUCGUGCUCGUACUCGCUACAAACAGACCCGAGGAUCUGGACAGCGCAGUCACCGACCGAAUCGAUGAAAUGAUGGAGUUUCCGUUACCCAGGGAAGAAGAACGGUUCCGCCUGCUCCAGCUGUACCUCCACCGCUACGUGACGAACUCGGGCGACGGCAGGAAGUGGUGGAAGCGCGGGGGAGGGGGGAUCGCUGGAAUUUUCCGGAAGCAGGAGCAGAUUGAGGUGAAGGGGGUGUCAGAGGAUGUGCUGAGGGACGCUGCAAGGAAGAUGGAAGGGUUUUCGGGGCGUGAAAUUGCCAAGUUUAUGGCGAGUGUGCGCGGCGCAGUGUACGGGAGCAAGGAGAGUGUGCUGGACGCGCGGCUGUUCCUGGAGGUGGUGGACUAUAAGGUGGCUGAGCACCAGCAGAGGCGGGAGCUGGCUGCAGGGAAGGGCAGGGAAGGAGAGGAGGGUGAAGGGAGUGGUGCAGAGGAAAAGCAACACACACAUUAGUGAGUGUGUUAGUGAAGGGAACGUGGAAAGGAACGAGGAGGGCAGUUGUGUGGAGGAGCAACUAGCAUAGCCACGGGCGGGAUGAUGGAAAUGUGGUUCUGGAACGCUUUGGAAAUUGACAUGCCAUGCAUGACCUUACUGCAAUGUCAUCAGCAGAUUUAUCAGUUGAACACCUAAGUGGUGUUUGGUACUUGAUCUGUGCUGGAUCAAUUGAUUCUACAUUGAACUAGUGCAUUGCAUUGCACUUCAUUUGUGGGCAUGAUGUUUGUUUAGUGGGACCUUGUAGUAGUUGACC